AAAAAAAAAACACAUACUUACAAUAAUAAGAAUUAAUUAAGGGAGGAGGACAAGAAAGGGACUCAUUGCCAAGUUGUUACAUGCAAGAGAAAAUUCCUUAAUUAGUCAUAAUUUACCUUUUUGCCCUUUCCUUUCCCGUUUGACUAUUCACACACAUCACACACACAUUACACACACAGACCACGUCGGCGUAAAUUUCAAUUUAAUUCAAUUCGCUCGUCCCUCUCAACCCACCACCAUUAUUCUCUCUCUCUCUCUACUUUCUCUCUCUACAGAGGCCCGAGGAGCCGGCAGAUCUUGAGAUUCUCGAGAAUGGCUUCGGCUUCGAUAUUGAACAAGGUGGUGAGCGACGGAGCCUCGGUGGAGAGUGUUUCGUCGGAGACUGUCUCUGUAGAGAGAUUGCCGCCGAGCGGUAAUUCGACGAUCAAGGAGAACGGCGGCGACACCAGCAUCAGAAGCACCAGCAGCCACCGCGAGAGGCUGGAGUUUUCCGGCUGGGUCUACCAUCUUGGUGUCAAUUCGAUUGGCCAUGAUUAUUGCCACUUCCGAUUCCUAUGCAUCCGCGGCAAGCAUGUGGAGAUGUAUAAACGCGACCCGCACGAGAACCCCGGCAUUAAACCAAUUCGAAGGGGUGCCAUAGGGCAUACACUUAUGGUGGAGGAAUUGGGUCGCCGGAAAGUGAACCACGGAGAUCUUUAUGUGCUAAGGUUCUACAAUCGUUUGGAUGAAACAAAGAAGGGAGAAAUUGCUUGUGCUACUGCUGGUGAUGCGCGGAAAUGGAUGGAAGCAUUUGAUCACGCUCGACAACAGGUAGAGUACGAGCUUUCAAGAGGUGCUAGUGUGAGAAACAAGCUAAGCAUGGAGGAUGAGAUUGACCUGGAGGGACAUCGGCCGAGAGUACGGCGUUACGCACAUGGUUUGAAAAAGCUAAUAAAGAUAGGACAAGGGCCGGAAACGCUUUUGCGCAAAGCCUCAGGCAUAGGUGCAAAUAGUAGAUUGAACGAAUAUCUUGAUGCGGAUAGUGGUGAUGUUGUUGAAGCACAUGAAUGGAGAUGUGUGCGCACAGUCAACGGUGUGAGAAUAUUCGAAGAUGUGGCUAGCUCAAAGAAUGGUAAAGGCAUACUGGUCAAAGCUGUUGGUGUUGUUGAAGCGAGUGCAGAUACUGUAUUUGAAGUUGUGCUGAAUCCUGAGAGACACAGCCGAUAUGAGUGGGAUACUUUGACAAGUAACUUGGAGUUGAUUGAUUCUAUAAAUGGACACUAUGAUGUUGUGUAUGGGACAUUUGAUCCACGUUACCUAACUUGGUGGCAUUCGAAAAGGGACUUCGUCUUUUCAAGACAAUGGUUUCGCGGACAAGAUGGAACCUACACAAUUCUGCAGUUUCCUUGUGUACACAAGACGCGGCUUCCAAAAUCUGGCUAUAAGCGUACAAAAAUUAACCCUUCAACGUGGGAGAUUAGUAAUUUAAGCAAACCUUUCUCGUUAAGUAGUCCCAAAUGUCUAGUCACGCAAACUCUAGAGAUAAACCUCAAAGGAUGGUUUAAUUGGAGGAACAAGCACUGCCAGAAGUUCGAAAAUACUGUUCCAUAUGCAUUGCUCAGUCAAGUAUCAGGGCUGAAGGAAUACGUUGCAGCAAAUCCUGCAAUUACGUCCGAGUCUUCAACCACAAUUGUCCAAUCAAAUGUAUCGGAUCAUUCUGGACCAAUCAGUGAAUUUGAGGAUGCAGAACCAGCAGAAGAGUUCUACGAUGCAAUUGCUGAUGAUUCAUCCUCAUCUUCAGAAGAUGAAGAUAGUGAUAAUGGAAAAGAAGUUCCUAAGGAAAAGAAGAUGAAGCUGAAAAAUAUAUCAUGGGCCAUAGCAAGUUUAACUCUAAAACGCACUUCAGCACCAGACUCGGAUGAGCUAGAUACAAACAUACCUCCUAUAAAUCUCGAUUUGAGUCAGUUUAAUGGGUCCAUGAGGAGAGCAAAGGAUGAAGCUGAUAAGAAUUGCUGGUCGUCUCCGGAUGGUUCUGGAUUCAUGAUUAGAGGGAAGACAUACUUGAAAGAUAGCAUGAAGGUCAAAGGUGGAGAACCUCUUCUCAAACUCAUAGCAGUUGACUGGUUCAAGGUGGAAGAAUGUGUCUCAAAGGUUGCAUUGCAUCCUAAAAACCUUGUUCAGAGUGCCGCGGGAAAAAAGCUUCCGUUCAUCCUUGUCAUCAAUCUUGAGGUACCAGCAAGACCAAACUACAGUCUAGUUCUGUAUUAUGCUUCAGACAGACCGGUAAACAAGAACUCGUUAUUGGGUAAAUUCAUUGAUGGCACCGACAUGUUUCGUGAUUCAAGAUUUAAACUCAUUCCAAGCAUUGUUGAGGGGUACUGGAUGGUAAAACGUGCAGUUGGAACAAAAGCUUGCCUGCUCGGAAAAGCAGUAACUUGCAAGUACCUCAGACAAGAUAACUUUCUGGAGAUUGAUGUAGAUAUCGGUUCAUCAUCUGUAGCAAGGGGUGUCAUCGGUCUUGUCCUUGGAUAUGUUACAAGUCUUGUUGUUGAUCUUUCCAUUGUUAUAGAGGGAAGAGAAGAGGCAGAGCUCCCAGAAUACAUUCUUGGAACCGUUAGACUAAGUCGAGUACAGCUUGAUUCUGCUGUAGCCUUGGAAGUAUGAGGUUCGAUUUAGUCUGAAACAUUUUACUUUGUUUUGAUCAAUGUAAACUGAAUCAGUUUUCAUUGUUCAACUUGGAUUGUCCAUCACAUGUGAAAGAGAGAAUGCAUAGAUGUAGAAAGAGAGAGAGAUAGACAAACGGGAUAUAUCCGCUCGGAAGUUAUGUAUAGCUAUUCGGUGAGAAAGCAUUCUUUGUUAGGUGCUUGCAUUAUUAUGUCAUGAAACUCGUGACAUAUUUUUUUGUAUAUAUGCAAAUAUUCGGGUUUUUUGUGUGUACAGCUCUAAGACGGAGGAUUCGAUGACGGCUCUCGAUAAAUUCUGUAAGAUAUUAGAAUUUUUUUGCCUCAGUCGAAUAUGGAAAUAUUUUGUUUUCCAGC